ACUCCGCAGCCUCCAGCCUGUCUACAUAAACACUGAAAGAUGAAGGCUUGAAACCGGACUUUCACAGAAUUUGUCGACCACGUUGUGGUAAAGUCUAAUCAGAAGUGACAGACAAACAGCCGCGCGCGCGCAGCGUCUGUGCCGUCACGGCCGCGUCCUGCUGGAGUUGCGCGCAGGACUCUCCGGAAGAAUAAGGUCGCGACGGUGUGGAUUUAUGCUGCCCUGUGGCGGGACUUGAACUUUUCCGCGUUUAUAUGUUUCACUAUGCAUAACACCGGACUGGGGGUGCUUCUUUAUAGCCCAAAGUGUUGGACUUUACGCACUUCCCCGCAGCCAAGUUCGGGAAUCUGGUAACGCGGAUGGACACCAAGCAGGAGAACUGACCAGCUGAGGACAGGGGAUUGAAUAUAUUUUUUAUGUUGCCUGCUCUUUUUUUUCUCCUCCAUCUUUUGGAUAAAACUAAUCAGAUUGUUUUUGCUGUAACUCGCCUUCCUAAAAUGCGCCAGAGCACGCGCGUCAUUGCGCUUUCAAACAUUUGAAGACUCACGCAAAUCGUUGCGCUUUAAAAAUGUUGGAAAAAGUGACACGCAAGUUCUCUCUCGUCUCUCCUCCAAUUUUUUUGACAUAGCCAAAUCAUUAAGAAACUCUUGGACAAGCAUAAAAAAGUCUGUUACUGUAAGAUUGCAUCAACCAAUUCGAGGAUGGGGCAUGACAUUCCUGCAGCAGAAUUUUCAUCUUUAUUAACAAUGCUGCGAGUCGGAUCUUCUUUCUCUAAAUAAGACAUUUUGACUUACACAUUUUUAAGGAUUUUUUUUUUUUAAUUUUUCCUUAGCUAACGGUUCUAAACAUGUUUAAGAUCGUGGUACUUCAGACUGUGGCGUUUCUUCUGGCAGUAGCCGACUCUCGAGUCGUGGGGGGCUUGCAGAGAUAUUCCUCCAUCCCCACAUAUCUGCCUGUCAACUAUCAGCUGCUAAAUGCCGACCUGGCAUUCUUCCUGAAGGAGGCCAACCAGGACUUCAUGAGGAACUCUAGCCUGAUGUCGCGGACCGAGCCUUUCUUCAUCUACCAGGCCAGAAGUUUGCCGUCGGUGAAUGCUAGCUACGGGCCUCUCUCUGUGGAGGAGCCUGUCCCUGUUGAACUGUUACAGAGUCCUGGGACCUUUCCUGCAUCUUCGGUUUUUACCUUCAACUGGAAAGUGCAGACUUUUAUUAUGAACACGCAGAUUCAUCUGUCCAAGCCCAAGGUCCAGGUGCUGUUUUACGUGGCAGGCAGGGACUGGGAUGACUAUAGUACCAUCGAGAAGCUGCCCUGUGUACACAUGUUCGCCUUCCAUGAGACCCAGGAGGUACGUGGCACUUGCCAGCUGAAAGGGGAGCUGGGGCUGUGUGUGGCGGAGUUGGCGCCGCUCGCCAGCUGGUUCAGCCCACCCAGCGUAGUGCCAGGACGCCAGAGGAACCUGGAGGUGUCUGAAGGCACCCCAGUGGAGCUCUACUACAUGCUACAGUCCACAGAGGCAGGAGAGUGCCACUCAGAUGAGUCGAGAAAGGACAGCUUCAUCCGUUCAAGUCAGGAAGGGCCGUUUGGCUCUCACACUUCCAUGCCACUGAAGAGGAUCGGUGGCGUGAGGUUGUACCAGAACCCCACUGAGCCCCCUCUAGCUGAACACAGGCUGGAUAAUAACUUUAUGGUGAUGUUGCCAGCUACACCCAUGAGACAGAGGGAAACCAUGUCUGCUUUCAUCUCUGUGUCGCCUUACUCCACCGUGGAAAUGUUUACUCUCAGAGUCAAGCUGAAAGAAGGAGUGACGUUUCUCGGUGCUCGACCCAGCAACCCCGCUCAGUGGAUGGUUAGCCAGGAUGUGAGGAGUGAAGGCCAUCGAGUGGUGACCUUCCACUGCCACAGAAAGGAGUCCACCAAUGAUCAGCAAAGGUCUGAGAUGGGAAGUCAAAGGAUUCUCCAGGUGGAUCUGAAGAUGGAAAGCUUCCAAGAGCCGACACGUAGUCGCUGGAUGGCCUGGCAGGUGGAGUACCCUGCCCAUCGUGCUGCCACACAAGAGGCUGAGACUGAGAUACGGCUGGCACAAGAGGAUCUGGCAGGCAUCGUGCCCCUGGCCAUGGACAAUGAGAUUUUGAACACGGCUGUCCUGACUGGAAAGACUGUAGCCAUCCCAGUAAAGGCGGUGACCAUUGGAACAGACAGCUCUGUUACUGAUGUCUCUGAUGCAGUGAAGUGUCGCUCAACGGACGAGGAUGUGGUGAAGGUGUCUGACAGGUGCGACUACGUUUUUGUGAAUGGCAAAGAAAUGAAGGGCAAGGUGAAGAUGUUGGUGAAUUUCACUUACGGAUACCUCAGCGCUCAGCUGGAGCUCAGCGUGUGGAUUCCUCGACUCCCCCUUCAGAUUGAGGUGUCAGACAUGGAACUGAGCCAGAUCAAAGGGUGGAGGGUACCCAACCCUCCCACUGGUCAGAGGUCCACACGGGACAGCGAGGAUGAGGAUGACGAAGACAGACGAGGGCGGAGCUGCACUCUGCAGUACCAGCAUGCCAUGGUCAAAGUCCUGACCCACUUUGUAGCUGAGUCAGCUGAUCUUCGGGGACAAACCAGCUUCAUGCUGGGGACUGACUGGCAGGUGGAUGUCACAGAGAUUGUGUGGGACUUCUUGAAAGUAGACAAGCCGCACGUUGCACAGCUAUUAGACAAAAGGAUUCUGGUUGGACUGGACAUGGGGAUAACAGCAAUUCAGGUGUUGUCUCCAUUGUCAGACACGAUCUUGGCAGAAAAGACUGUCACAGUGGUGGAUGACAAGGUGACCAUCACAGAGUUGGGGGUCCAGCUGGUUACGGGCCUCUCCAUGAGUCUUCAGCUAAGUCCGGGAAGCAACAGAGCCGUCUUAGCCACAACCACCACACAGGAGGUUCUGCAGAGCCCCAAGCAGGAGGCCUUGAUCAGUGCCUGGCUCCAGUUCAGUGAUGGUUCCGUUGCUCCGCUGGACCUCUACAAUCCAGAUCUGUUCGUCCUGACGGCGACCUCCCUCGAUGAAGAAGUGGUGACAGUGCAACAGGACCCCUCGUGGAAAUGGCCCAUCAUCGUCACGGAGGCGGAGGGUCAAGGCCUCCUGGUGAGGGUCGAAAUGACUGUUUGCGAAGUUUGUCAAAAGUUAAAGCGCCGCAGCAUCCUAGCGGCAGGGAACUGUAAUGUCAGGGUGAAGUUUGGGUACAGCGAUAGCUCAAAGGGAGGGAUCAGCGACUACAGCCCGGAUGGAGAGGACUUUGAGAACAAAGACAGACUCUCUUCUUCCCAGGACAGGACUGGACUUGACACCCAGUACUAUGGCAGUUCUGUCUCUGAUGUCGAGGAUGGAGUGUUGAGGAGAGCAACUACUACUAGAAGUGCAAUAAUACGCCGACCUAAUGGGGGUAAACUUUCAGAUGAUGGUACUCAAAACAUACCCAUUGACUUUGCAGACUUCCCUGCACAGGUGGAUUUGCCCCGUUAUAGGGACGAUGACCCCACUCAGUCUACACGUGGACUCACUGACCUGGAGAUUGGCAUGUACGCCCUGUUAGGGGUCUUCUGCCUCGCCAUUCUGGUCUUUCUGAUUAACUGUAUUUCUUACACCCUCAAAUACCGCCACAAGGAGCUUUCCAUCGAGAGCCAGGAGAACAUGAACCACGCCCAUGACUGGGUGUGGUUAGGAAAUGAGGCAGAGCUACUGGAGAGCCAAAUCAGCCUCUCACCUCAGCAGGAGGAGCAGACCUCCAUGAUGGACUCCAGCAGCGGCCUGGAGGAAGGCAGCCACCUGCUGAACGGAGGCUCCGUCCAGAGGAACGUGCAGAGCCAGGUGCAUCGGGCGACGGAUGCAGUCUGCACGGCAAGGGACAGCAAAGGUGACUCACCCACCACCAAGAGGAAGAGAGUCAAGUUUACCACGUUCACCACUAUUCCCUUGGACAAUAGCUACCCCAUGGUCAACACACUGACUGGCAGCCACAGCCAGGACAUUAAGUGGGUUUGCCAAGAUGUACAGAUGGGAGACUGUAAGGAAUUGCGCAAUUACAUGGAAAGGUUAAACGACAGUGCUUUAAAAGAGGUGGCAUAAUGUAUUGUGUGCAUUUGAUACGAACUCACCCUUAUGCCUUCCAGAGGAAAGUGGGUCUCGGGAGGCCCAUGUUUGGUGUAAGAGGAGGGAAUUUACCACAGAAUCCCCCAAAACUGCCAAAGGGUCAUUACAUUUAGGAAGACUGACACAACGCUAGAAAUGACUGCUGAAUCACUCAUGAAAAAUAUGAAGAUGUCAGCUGAUUCUUUGCCAUUUUGUUUGUCGGAUGAUUACCUUUUUUAUUAUAAUUUUAUUAUUACAGGGUUUAGUAUCAAGUAAUGAGUCCAAGAUGCAUAUGACAUGAAGAUGGCAGAUUUUUAAGUAGUGAAAUGAUCAUAUAGAUGUUGAGAAAUGUGUGUGCACCUUGAAUGGCUUUGAGAGUUUUGUAACAUUUUGGAUUGCAGUUUCUUACAUCAGAUCUCGAUUCUGUAGAAGUUUCAGAAAGGUUAACGUAAGCAAAAAGGAAAUUCUGCAUGUCUUUGGAAAAGAAAAAGAAAAAAAAAGGCACAAGGUUCUGGAUCCUUCUCAUCCUCCUUAGCAAGGCAGAAAACCUGUUAUGUAUAUACUGAACAGUCUCCAAAGCAUUGUAUUGUUGCUCUGUAUAUUGUAUUUUUCAUAACAUUUAAGGAAUACACAACAAUGUCAAAAGUGUGUAUUAGCUUUUAUUGACUUACAGCACCUUAAGGCCAUUCAUUCAGGUCCUUAAUUUAGCUGAGAGAGAUGCAUAAACAUCGGGAGCCAAUCAUACAUUCAGCUUUGAAUCAAAGAGUAUUUUAGGAGACGCGAUUCACCCACAAGCCAAAACCCAAUCCCACUCAAGGCUGGCCAGUGGAUACUUAAUACACUCAUUUUGUUUAUUUGAACAAUCUGAUGACAUGACAAUGGGCAUGUGAAGGAACUUUGAAACUAAAUGGUUUGACAGCAUCACAAUGUGAUAUCCCCUCACAACUCUAAAGCUGGUGAACUUGGAGUGAAAUGCCGGGUUCAUGUCUUGUUGAUCUCCGUCCCACAGAAAGC